CUUAUCUGAUCAGCACUGAUAAAGGGAAAAUUGACAUUAUCGACAGUUGGCUUUUUUUGGCUGGGGUAGCCAAUAAUGCCACUGAUAAAUGCUGCCUGCUUACGCACAGCCACAGCAUGCACACAGCCAGGAAUGCAGCCUGGCAGCUUGGAGACCAUCAUCCAGCUGAGUUUAAAAGCAGAUCCAGAAGAGCUGUUUACAAAACUGGAGAGAAUUGGCAAGGGAUCUUUUGGUGAGGUUUUUAAAGGAAUUGACAAUCGGACUCAGAAAGUAGUUGCUAUAAAAAUAAUUGAUCUGGAAGAAGCAGAAGAUGAAAUAGAAGAUAUCCAGCAAGAAAUCACAGUGCUGAGUCAGUGCGACAGUCCAUACGUAACAAAAUAUUAUGGAUCCUAUUUAAAGGAUACAAAGUUAUGGAUAAUAAUGGAAUAUCUUGGUGGCGGCUCUGCUCUUGAUCUAUUAGAACCUGGUUCUCUUGAUGAAACCCAGAUUGCCACAAUUUUAAGAGAGAUACUUAAAGGACUUGAUUACUUGCAUUCAGAAAAGAAAAUCCAUAGAGAUAUUAAAGCUGCCAAUGUAUUGCUGUCUGAACAAGGAGAGGUAAAAUUAGCAGAUUUUGGAGUAGCAGGACAACUAACAGAUACACAAAUAAAGAGAAAUACCUUUGUGGGAACACCAUUCUGGAUGGCACCUGAAGUAAUAAAACAGUCUGCAUAUGAUUCAAAGGCGGAUAUCUGGUCAUUAGGUAUAACAGCCAUAGAACUUGCAAAAGGAGAACCACCUCAUUCAGAGUUGCAUCCAAUGAAGGUUUUAUUCCUCAUUCCAAAGAACAAUCCACCAACGUUGGAAGGAAACUUCAGCAAACCCCUCAAAGAAUUUGUUGAGGCCUGCCUGAAUAAGGAGCCAAGCUUUCGACCUACAGCCAAGGAGCUCUUGAAACACAAAUUUAUAUUACGAAAUGCAAAGAAAACAUCUUACCUGACUGAGCUCAUUGAUAGACACAAGAGGUGGAAGUCUGAACAGAGUCAUGAUGACUCCAGCUCUGAAGACUCAGAUGCGUAAGUUUUUGGAAUCUCUGACAUACGCAUUGAAAUUGCUUGAAUGGGUGUAAUAGGUGUUUCAAGAAAUAUUCUCAGCUAUUUGAGCUACCAGUCGUAUAGAUUUUUAGGAAGUGAGUGGGUGAGUGCUGAGUGGCAGCAGCGAGCAGCACUUGCUGGGUAAGAAGCAAGCGGGUAGGUGCAGAGUAGCAUCAGCAAGCAGGUGGGCAGGCACAGUGGCAGCAGCGAGCAGUGCUUGCCAGGCGGGCAGCUUUGGAGCUCAGCUCUUUGCUCAUUUCCUACCUGGCAAGCACUGUAAGUAAGUGUCCCCAGGUGUGGAGUUUGAGCUCCUAGCUUGGCUCUAGGGUGUCAGGCAGAGGUGGUGGGGAGGCAGGAACCUUGCUGGGGAAGUCCUUAGAUGCCUGCAUGUCACUACAGUGUUGUAUGAGUUGAGGUGGAAAUUUAAGGGUGAAUAAUUUGGCUUCAAACCUUGACUUACAACUUAGCAUAUUUCACAGUAUAUAUUACUGCUGUGUUCCAGUUUUGUAUUUUUGGGGGAAGGAGAGAAUUCAUUAAUUAAAGAAUAGGUAAUUCAAAAUUUGAAUUAAAAAUUUGAAUUCAAAAUCUGCAUUGCCUGAGUGGCUUCUCUGAGGUAAUAAUUUGUAUUCCAAAAGCUAACUAUAUUUUAUAUAUUCACAGUCAGUCUUUGUAUCAGUGUAUG